AUGUGGGAAUUCAUCAACAUUGACAUCAAAGGUGACCACGUCACCAGGUCGGCGGGCACGGCUCUGCUAUGCACCAUCUUGACUCAACGUCUUUCCGACCGCCGACCCGAGCUGCAAUCCUUGUCUGAGACGCUGUGUUGGAUUAUAUUACCGAUAGUGUUCAAGACUGCGACUGCGAGCACAAGUGCCAAAUACAGAAAGACACAUUCGGAUGUUUUCAGCUGGAGCGACUUGAGAAAACUACCUACUUCCACCCUGUCAUUAUGGAUAGUUGCUUUCAGCCUCACCAUAUACUGGUAUUUCGCGGAGGAAAACGGUCUAAUUAUAUUCCUGCCAGUACUGACUCCUCUGCUGCUGGUCCCUCAGAGCUACCCUUCUUGGGCCGAUUCGGACAUCUCUGCUGCUCCAUCAUCGCUUGUUUCCCGAGUCUUCUACUGUUUCUGUGACACGGCCUGGGGCAGCGUUUCAGCGGCUUUAUUCACUGCUGUCACCUUCAAAUGGGACUGGCAUAUCCAAGCAUCGGACGCGGUGUCAUUUGUCCCAGUUGCUGCUCUGCUAGUGGCCUACCUAAUUCUCGAACCUAGGCCUAGGAUCUCCAACAGCAGCUAUCGACUUUUCCAGUCUUUCGAUCUUGAAAAUGCUAUUCUUCCCCUCUCUCUUCGCGUCACGCUUGUGCUGGCAACAUUACUGAGCAUGGAAACGUUGGCGUUUGGCUCCCCUGGAAUGUCUGCGUAUACCCCAGCGUUGGCUUUAACCAAGGCCCUGUCUUGGUACUUCACGACUCAAACAGCUCGACACUCUUCCUGGCGUAUUGCCACGGCCAUGACGACAUACAGCAUCGCGUCCACCUCAGAUCCCUUUACGCUUUCAUCAAAUUUGCGGGCUUUCUGUAACGUCGUGGCAUCUUUCUUGUCACUGAGCCAGAUUAUUCACAUGCUUCCAAAGCAGGCAAAAGCCAAGUCAGCACUCUGGGCUUUCUUCCUCGUCUCUUUCGUGCCAUACCUUACCAAUAUCUUCAUAUUACAAUUUGCGCAGCCAGUCUCAUCAUUGGCACACCCUCAAGACCACCCUGUCCAAAAUCUAAUACAAAAUGCCAAGCUUGACUUCGACAACUUGAUUCAGAAGCAGUCCAAGACAUACGCGGCCGCUCAAGAUGAAUAUCGACGUCGAUAUAGCUUAAAACCGCCGGCAGGAUUCGAGACCUGGUUCAAGUUCGCGAAGUCUCAUCAAUCGCCAAUAAUUGACGAGUUCGACAUGAUAUACGAAAGCAUCGCACCGUUUUGGGAACUGAGCGGUCAAGAGGUUCUCGACGCGAUGAGUCGCGCGCAGAAUACUCCAGGCAGUGACUUGUGGCUCUGCUCAUUGUCUGGUCGAGAGGCAAGGACUGUCUGCACCCAUCCAUAUCGCAUUUUCGACAGGCACAUCCAAUCUUCAUUCGAAAAGCUGUUGGGGGACUUGAGAGGUUAUCUUCCCGACAUCAAGUUUCUAGUGAACCAUAUCGAUGAACCAAGAGUCUUGAUACCUCGACCGGGGAGCACCCAUGAGAGCGGAGUGUUGACGCUGGACAACAUGUCAAGACGGCCCGUAUGGGACACACUGACCAGUUUUUGCUCCUAUAAAGGGGGAAAUAGAACUAGUGAUCAGACUAGACACAUGGUGGAUGACUUUGGCCUCCCAUUCGUCACAGAUCCAAUUUCAAGUUUGGACUUAUGCCAACACCCAGAGUACAGCACCGCUCACGGUCUCCUGAUGAGCCCUUCGUCUUUCCCCCUGCUCGAAGGCAUGGUGCCAGUUCUCUCAACUGGUUCGCUUUCGACAAUGGGUGACAUAGUGUAUCCCAGCCCAGCUUAUUUGGAAGAUGAGUUCCGAUAUAACGAUGCACAUGACAUUGGGUGGGACAGCAAGCGAAACCAUCUUUACUGGGCUGGCUCUAACACCGGUGGCCAUGCACCAGAUGGCCAAUGGCGAUAUUUUCACCGCCAACGAUUUGUCGAGUUGGCGCAGAACCUGAAUAGGCGUGAGCAUUAUUAUCUACGGGAAACGGAUGGCGUGUUGAGCCGUGUGAAGUCAUACUUUCUCAACUCCAGGUUAUUCGACGUGGCCUUCACGAGGAUAUUCCAGUGCGAGAGACCAUUUUGUAGAAACCAGCGGGCGUACUUCAACUUAAGGCCUUGGGAGGACAAGGAUCGAGCCCUAGAGUCCCGCCUCGUCUUCGACAUGGAUGGAAACGGCAUCAGCGGGCGAUAUUACAAAUUUCUUGCCUCGCAAUCGGCCCCGCUCAAGCAGACGCUCUUGCGUGAGUGGCAUGAUGAGCGCCUCAUUCCAUGGAUUCAUUAUAUACCUGUCAGCCAGGGUAUGGAGGAAUUGCCAGAGCUGGUCUUGCAUCUCACGUCGACCGAGGCGGGGCAGGAGGCGGCAAAGCAUGUUGCUGAACAGGGUCGGGAGUGGUUCGGUAAGGCCUUCAGGGAAGUUGAUCGCACGAUAUACGUGUAUCGUCUGCUGUUAGAGUUGGCGAGGUUGCAGGAUCCAGCAAGGCCGCGGAUGGCACCAGAUAAUAACUAG